CUCUGCAGACCAAAAAUGGCAGAAAAUGAUGUUGAUAAUGAACUUUUGGACUAUGAGGAGGACGAGGAGCCACAGGGAUUCCCUGAAAGCGGUACACCAGCAGUUAAAAAGGACGUUAAGGGUUCCUAUGUCUCCAUCCACAGCUCGGGCUUCAGAGACUUCCUCCUGAAACCAGAGCUGCUCCGGGCCAUCGUUGACUGUGGGUUUGAGCAUCCUUCAGAAGUUCAGCAUGAGUGCAUUCCUCAAGCGAUCCUUGGCAUGGACAUCCUGUGUCAGGCCAAGUCUGGGAUGGGAAAGACGGCCGUGUUUGUUCUCGCCACGUUGCAGCAGAUCGAACCAGUGGACGGACAGGUGUCUGUCCUUGUGAUUUGCCACACACGAGAGUUGGCCUUCCAGAUCAGCAAAGAGUAUGAGCGUUUUUCCAAGUACAUGCCCAGCGUCAAGGUUUCUGUGUUCUUUGGUGGCCUGGCCAUCAAGAAGAACGAGGAAGUCCUGAAGAAGAACUGCCCUCACAUUGUUGUUGGAACUCCAGGGCGUAUCCUGGCCCUAAUUCGAAACAAGACCCUCAGCGUGAAGAACAUCAAACACUUUGUGCUCGAUGAGUGCGAUAAGAUACUGGAGCAGCUGGACAUGAGGCACGACGUUCAGGAAAUCUUCCGACUGACGCCCCACGAGAAGCAGGUCAUGAUGUUCAGUGCAACUUUAAGCAAGGAGAUCCGCCCCGUCUGCCGCAAGUUCAUGCAAGACGUAUCAUGA